UGACAUUUCUGCUGACAUUUGUCAGCUGACCCAACGAAUUGUCUUGUAUUUUGUGCUGCGUGUGUGCACGAAUUUUUUCAGUGAAAUUAUAUUGGAAAAUCAGUUGAAAAACUAUAAAAAAUGUCUGGCAAAGACAGGUUACCGAUUUUCCCAUCUCGUGGUGCACAGAUGUUGAUGAAGUCACGUCUGGCUGGCGCACAAAAGGGUCAUGGUUUGCUCAAGAAGAAGGCUGAUGCGCUGCAAAUGCGUUUCCGUAUGAUUUUGGGUAAAAUUAUUGAGACCAAAACUCUUAUGGGUGAUGUGAUGAAGGAGGCUGCCUUCUCGCUGGCCGAAGCCAAGUUCACCACUGGUGAUUUCAAUCAGGUGGUCUUACAGAAUGUGACCAAGGCACAAAUCAAGAUCCGCACAAAGAAAGACAAUGUCGCUGGUGUAACGUUGCCAGUAUUCGAAUCCUAUCAGGAUGGCUCUGACACCUAUGAAUUGGCUGGUUUGGCGCGUGGUGGUCAACAAUUGGCGAAAUUGAAGAAGAAUUAUCAGAGCGCUGUGAAACUGUUGGUCGAAUUGGCUUCGCUGCAGACAUCGUUCGUAACAUUGGAUGAGGUUAUUAAGAUCACAAACAGAAGAGUUAACGCUAUUGAGCACGUUAUCAUUCCACGUAUCGAUCGUACACUCGCUUACAUCAUCUCCGAAUUGGAUGAGUUGGAGCGUGAGGAAUUCUACCGUUUGAAGAAGAUUCAAGAUAAGAAACGUAUUGCACGUAAGAAGGCCGAGGCGCUCAAGGCGGAAUUGCUGCAACAGGGCAUUGAUGUGCGCCAACAGGCCAACAUUUUGGAUGAAGGCGAUGAUGAUGUGCUAUUCUAAGCCAAACACGUUACAUUUAGAGCCAGACACUCAAAAGCGUAAAGCAAAAAAUAAAAUAUACUAUAUCUGAGCGUUCGUAAACGAGUGCAACGCAAUAUUUAAAUGUGUAUAUAUUUGCUAUUUUGUUUUUUGUUUUAAAAGCUACUAACUAUUUAGCGAAAAAUGUAUACAAAAAUAAAUUAAACGUUACAGUUUCAACAGUA